AUGCACACUUCAGCACACAAAUUUAGUCUAAUAUAUAUAGUAUUAUAUUAUCCCAUCCGAUCAUUUUCUUUCAGGUUUGGUCUCAACUCCCUUCGUUCGAUGCUUACAGGAGAAAGGAUUCAGAAGCUGUUUUCUGAGUUGGAAUACACCCCGGUUACGAGCUUUUUUGUAGGUCACAAUCCCGAAAAUGAAAUUGAGACCGACUUCAAACUCAAAGAAGCGCUAAUGGCGAUGGGAGUGACGCAGAUGUUUUCUGGCAACGCUGAUUUGACUGGAAUAUCCAAGGCGCCUCCGCUCCACAUUUCGACGCUGCUCACAGAGCUAUCAUUGAGGUGGAUGAAGCUGGAACAACCGGCGGCGGCGCCACAGUUCUCAGGGCGAAAAUCGUUAUGGCUAGAUUUGGACCACAACCGGUGA